UCUCCUCCAAUGUCGCUUGUGAUGCCCAUAGCGAUACUUGGAAUACUGUCCAUUCAAAGGGCAGCGGCGCAGUGCUCAGAUGGGCUUGUGAACGUUGUCUUUAACACCGGUUCGGGUGGCUAUACAGAACAGCGAUGGGAGCAGAUCCAGUCCGCUUCCAAUUGGAUCACGUUUGGUUUUGGACUCGCGGACAAGCAGAUCCCAAUGCUAGGCAACGACAAUACGGCUAUUCAGAACGCUAUUGACGUGGUUAACGGUCAAAAUCCGCCAGAUUUCAUGCUCACAUUCAACGAGCCUGACAAUCUUUAUGGCUCGAAUCCGAGACAAGUCAUAUUGCAGCCUGCAGAUGCCGCCAAUCUUAUUAAACCAUUGUUGGAGAACCGCGGAAACCAUACACAAUUCAUCGCACCCGUGCCGGCCUUCGACAAGCUCCCCUGGCUUCCUGAGUUCUAUGGAAACUGCAGUUGCCAAGACGCCUUUGCAGCAUACAACGUCCAUGUCUACAACGAAACUGUCGAAGAAGCCCAAGAACGAAUCAACGCUUUCCACGAGACGUGGAACGACAAGCCUUUGUGGAUUACCGAGAUUGCACCGCACCAAGAAAACUCGUGUCCGAAUCCCAUUCCCUGGGACAACAGCAUCCAGUUCAUGCAGGAAAUCUACGCCUGGGGGCAGCAAACUGAAUGGAUCGAGAAGAUAUUUUGGAACUCGGCCAAUGAGAUUGACUGUGGUGAUACGAAUGUGGAUGCCUCGUUCCUGCUUGAUUUUAACAAUAACUCGACGCCUCUCUUGGAUCCUUUCAAUCAGCUGACUUGCUCUUGAAGUUACCUGCACUUUCUGCUGAAGUAUUUUCCACUUCUUGGGUCUCGUUUCGGGCCUUCGUGCUUUUUAUAGACUAUCGUUCAAUAUGAUUCCACUACCAGCAGGUAAGCAAGACAUGAGACAAAAGCUUAUUCUUUUGGAACAUUCUGUACGGUUCUCUUAUUGCGGA